AUGUCGACUUCAGCUGCUCCUCUGCGAAAUGGCAUUCUGCCUUCGACCGUGCAGCCCUUGAAUGAAGCCUCGGAGUAUGAGAAGAUACUUAGGAUACGCGAUGAGGUCUUUUCGGGAAGUCAUCCGCGACUCACUGUGCCUACCCAAGCCCUUCGAGUCGCGUCUUCGCAAACACCCUUGGCCGUGUCCCAGUCUCGCUUCAACGUUCCUUCUCCAUUUCCUCCCAGUGCUUCACCAAAUCGUGCUGCGGCCGAACAGUUGAGGCGUGAAGAUGAGACACAAGCCCCGACACGAGCAGAUGGUGCCAAUGUUCCCUCCAGCCAACCCGCCAGUAAUGUUUCUGAGUUUGACCCCGUCCUUUUGACAAAGUCAGAUGAUUUAGUUCGGGCCGAAUAUCAGCUGAAGCGACAGAGGCUUGAGAAAGCGUUGAGAGAUCAAUUCGAACAAAAGAGACUAGACGCCCGCAGAAAGCCUGCGCCCUCGGAGGCCAAGCCAGACUUCGAUCUCCAGGCCGUUUUGGCCAAAGCGUUGGAGAUUGCCAAACCUCCUUCCUCGAAGGAUGAUGUGGAUGCGAGCGACUCUUUUGACGCGAACUCUUUCUACUCUAGCAGAGCUCCCGACUCGACGCCGGAGAACGGGCCGCAAAGUCCGUCCGCAGAAGACGGUGAAGAGGGCGAAGCUUACGAGCCUCCCGGCCCACCUGCUGUGAGUGCCGUCAUGGGCUCACCCUUGCAGCAUGGCACUGGGGACGAGGCUUCUACUAACAAUGCUACUUUUGCUCUUGGUGCGACAUCCACAAAGCCUUCCGCUCUCCCCCCACCCACCGCGAUGGACCUGGACGAUGAAGAGGAAGAAGGGGAGUACUCGCCUCCGGAGGCAAUGGCGCAAUAUCCCACAUCCAAUGCUGCACACCCUCAAGCUAUGCAAGACAGUAGAGAUCCACGCAACCGACCCUUGCGCAGGUACUCGGAACUGGAUGACAAUGGGAGGCGACCCGUCUCACCAUCUGAGGCCAAUAUGCGCAUUGUAAGGAACCAAAUCACCUCUCCCAUCGCCCCUGUACCGUCCCGCGUCUCUCCUCUGGCCGUAGCUAAGGGUGCACCUUUUUUGCAGAAUGGCCGUCAACGACGUUCCCCGCGGAUUGGCAGGGCAGGAUGUCCCCCAAGCCCCGAUGAUACUCAAACGCUACACCCCAAAAAGAAGAGGAAGCUCGAAAAGCGCAACGAGAAAAAGGGCAAGCGAAAUGGCAAGGUCUCCCCGGAUGCAUUCCUCAAAGAAGAACAGGUUUCCCCUCCACCGUUUCAUGAUGUCCAGCCUCUUGGGUCGGGCAGACCACGACCCAUGGGCGGUGCUGACCAGCCCAUCACACUGGAUGAAGAGCCCACGCAAGAAAUUCGGUACAUGCCUGCACCAGAACGGUAUGUGGACUCUCCUUCCAGGCCGCUACCGCGCCAGGUUGAACAGUUGAUGCCACUGAGCGAGCCUCGCGCAGUUUCGAGAGCCGGCUUGAGGCCCUUGAGAGAUGAGCCCGACUUGCGCCGAGUCGCCAGCAUGCACAAUAUGAGGGUCGACGGGACUCGAGAAUAUACCGAUCCCUAUUACGAUACCCCGACUCGAGGAAGAGCGAUAUCCUAUGCCAGAAUGGGAAGUCCAGCAAUCCGAGAAUCAUCGCGUCUUGCGCCCGUGGAAUAUGAGCAAUCCCCCCGAGAGGUGCGGGUGAUGCGCACGCCGGCUCCAGCCUACCGCGAAAUGUAUGAAGAGGGAGAGCCCACGAUCCGCUAUGCCACCGAGCCUAUGCCGCCACCCCCAAUCGAGAGAAUCGUGAUCGACCAGUACGGCCGGAGAUUCCGCGAGAUUAUCCAAGAGAGACCCUCGGUUGCUCCUCGCGCAACACCAGUGCGGAGAACGGAAAUGGACCAAGGCUACGAGCACUACCGAGCAGCCCGUUCAGCUUCGGUGUUUGUAGACACUGGGCCAGAAAGAGCGUAUGUCUCCGACAUGCUUCCACCACCGGUCACCUAUCGCCGUCCAGGCGGGCCACCUCAUUCCUCGGCGGUUCCAGGGUCUGUCACUCGAGAGUACUUUGAGCCAGGAUCUUUACCACGGAGUUCCAGCGUCCAGGUCAUGGACCGAGCGCCACGGUCUACAAUUUACCCUGACGAGCGACCCGACUUCCGCGAGCCUGCUCGCAUGGGCAGCGUACGGCCGCCGGCAAUGCGGUACGAGGAACCUCAGCCAAUGGAGAUGAUGACACGUGCACAGAGUGUUCGGCCUGCUGUCCAUGGGCGAAGCGUCUUCCUCGAUGGGAGACAACCUGUCGGUCACGAGUAUGUUCCUGCCGAGCAAGCCAGGUACCGAGUGGUGGAACCUGAUGAGAGGUUUAUGGAUGCUCCAGAUAGGGAGAUGGAGACGAUGCAGGAUCCAGUGGAGGGAGGCCGCAGAGUGAUGGAGAGAUACUGA